AUGGUUGCAGUCAAUCGACAGCAACUUCUCGCAACACGAAGAUCUUGGUUUCCUGGGAUUAUUUUCACUUUCAUCUGUUCGAUAUGCUCGAAGACGGGAAAGGUGAAUUCAUUGGAGGUUGUCCCAUGCGAAGGCACUUCAUGUACUCUUCACAGAGGCAAAAAUUCUACGAUUAAGUUGGGCUUUCAAUCAAACGUGUUUGUUAAGGCAGGGUCCGUUGCUGUUCACGGAGUGAUCGCUCAUGUCCCAGUACCCUUCUCUUUGGAUAACUCGCACAUUUGUGACUUUCUCACGCCAUCUUGUCCGAUCCAGCCGAACCAGUCUUACAUGUACACGUUUUCGCUGUUGGUUCGCUCAUCCUACCCACCUGUAACUGCAGCAUCCGUUCGGCGCAAAGCUGCCGUGCCACCUGAAGAAAGCACAAGGGUUGAAAUACUGCCAGGUUGCGCAUUCCUAAAGAGCGGCAGUCGAGAUGCGGAAGUUGGUUUCGAACCACGAACCUCCCAGUCAAUUCGACUAGAUAUUCGUUGGGAGCUGCGAGAUGACAGUGGGAGUGAUAUCGCAUGUGUGCAGUUCCCCGCGCAAAUUCACGACUGA